AUGGAAGUGUACAUAUUGUCUCACGAUCCGUGGACCGUACAAGUCGUACAUGAACAUGCAGCCGAGAAGAUGAUAAGCGAUAUGUUACAGAAUACAAUAUGCGAUGUGCCAGAUGUCAUAACACUUGUCUGGGAAGAUGUGUUAUUGAAGACGGAUUCAUCCGAGGUCAUAAAGUUGCCUGCACCACCAACGGGUUUAUUUGAAAAAGCGGAAAUCUGUCGUUUUGAAUUAAAAAGUAUUGGAGCACUUUUGAUUACUGAUGCAGUUGCAGCUAAUCAUGACGCAUCGCAGGUUGCCCUCAAGAAUCUGUUGAUGUCUCUUUCAACAACGAUUUUUACUUGCUAUUCUGCAUUCGUAUCAUCACCCUCCUUCGCAAAAGUUUCCGAGAAGAGCUCUGUUCAGAUGUCAAACGAUGCUUCUCAGGCUGGAAACAAACACGAGGAAGAGAUAAAACUUCAAAGAGAACACUACAACUUGGUUAACAACGUCUUGACUAUGAUCAAAGGAAAA